AUGGGAAGAACUGAACCUUCUAUCGGUCGACCACCUGCGGCGUUCCGCAAAGACGUACGCUCUAAAAAGGCCAAGGCGACGAUCAACAAGGUCAUCCCGAGUCUUUUACCGGGAAAUCCCCGCGCUCAGCAAGGAAUCAAUGCAGCCGAAUUGAUUGCUUUCCAGGAUGCUCAAGCUCUUGGUACGCAGUUUGGAAAAGACAAUAGAGAUAUUGACCAGUCAACAAAGAAAGGCAAAUCUGGUCGCCAUUCACCAAACUCCAAGUCUAAUGAUCAACCAAGUUCACCAGUCAUGGAUGCCCAGCCACCAAGAAUCUCGCUUCGAGAGGUUGACACACUCACAGCUGCCAAAGACCUCAUUGAAAUUGAAACCCCGUCAGGAACAAAGGUUGAUCUCAAGAACGAUCGCGCUCGCGUGGCUAUUCUCAACAUGGGGUCUCCUCUGUCUCCGGGUGGUGGAUUUCUCAACGGCGCAAAUAGUCAAGAAGAGUCACUUUGCAUGCGCACGACGUUAUACCCUUCCUUCAAAGAUGAAUGGUACCGUAUACCAGAUCUGGCUUCCAUCUACACUCCCAACGUGUUGGUCUUCAGAGACGAAGAAGGCGAAGAUCUGGAUAAGAAGGAUCGAUUCUACGUGGAUUGCAUCACUGCCGCCAUGAUUCGCACACCUGAAUAUGACAUGGACAGCGAGGGAGUGGCAACGUAUGCCAACAAAAAGGAUCGCGAGUUAGCUCAGAACAAAAUGAAAGCAGUCAUGCGAGUGGCUUUAAUGAAGAAGACUAAGCGCUUAGUUCUUGGGGCUUGGGGUUGUGGUGCACACGGCAAUCCAGUCGGCGAAAUCGCACGGCUAUGGAAAGCCGUCCUUAUGCCGAAACACGACAAGUCAAAAGGUACCAAGGAGCGAUGGGAACAACUUGACGAAGUCGUGUUUGCAAUCAAGGAUCAUAACAUGGCUCACGCGUUUGCAGAGGCCUUUGGUGAAGGUCUUGACAGGCUGGACGACGGCGAAGAGGAAGAAGUAGAAGAGGAAGAGGUUGAUAUGGAUGAUGUUAGAAGGAAGGAAUUGUUGGGUAAGAUUGCAGAAUUGGAAAAGCGCAUUGAAACCGUGGUGAACCCAAACGUCAAGGCAGGCCUGCAAAGUAUCCUUGUUGGACUCGGGAAACAGAUUCCCGCGGAUGAGGGGUGUUCGACGCAUAGUGAUAAGGAGGAUUCAUGA